AUAUAUAUAUAUAUAUAUUUAUAACUUUAAAAAUACUUACAAUUUUUGGUGUUACUAUUCCUUUAACUGUGAGUGUUACAUAAAGAAACCUUUGUACUUGCGCCUGUGUUACACCUACAUUUUGAACAUAUGAGAAGACCUCAUGAUCACAAAAAAGUCCUUUCUCCCUCUAGGUGCUGGCAUUAGCGAUUGUGAGCAAACUAUUUAAUUUAAUAAUCUGGCAAGCUUAUAACAUGUGGUUAGGUAUGGUUCUCCCUCCUGCUAAUGAGUGGAAACAUGGGAAAGCAAGAGCAGAAGUAAGACACUGAAUGAGAUGAAGGAGUCAAAGUUGGAAUGUAGAAUAAAAGAGCAGAACAGACUUCAGAAAGCAUUGGACGAGGUUCAUCUGUUCAAUGGACAUUUUCUUUCCUUCUUUCUUUCUCCUAUUAAAAAAAAAGAUAGGAAAAUAUAGGAAGAGGCAGCAAAGAAAGGGCAUGGGAGAUAUAUGGCUGUGGAAAGAUGAGAGAAAAGCAAGAGAAAGAAAAGUAAACUUAAUGAAAACUUAAGGGAAGCAUGUUAAAGGACAAAUAAAGUACUGCUUUUAACUGUAGAGAAGGAGUGUUAUUGAACAACCUAAGGUUGUAGCUUAUUAUGCCAUUUUUUGUUGGGGAACUGUAUACCAUUUAAUUCUGUGGGUCAGAGCACCAUUUGAUAUUGUGGCCCUCUUAAUGCUGGCAAAUGUGUCAAGUCAUGCUGUGAGUCACUGGCUGAUAAAUACAUUUAUGAUAGAGAUUGCACAGAUAUAGAAAACAACAAGAGAGUGUGGUAUCCACCAGCAGAUAUAGUCUACGCACAUUUGCAACCAUGUUAUCUGCUUUUAUAUGCCCCUUUAAAAAUCACAGCUUUUGGGCCGUAAUAAAGCAUUGACCAUGUACUACAGCAUAAAUCAAAAUGCAUGCAUGGGUAAAUACUUCUUUAAAGCAAAAUGUUUGGCUGCAUGAGAAGGCACUUUAUCUUUAUCUUGUGUACAACAAUCAGAUAUUUAUAUGUUGAAACAACUUCCCUAGUUCAGCUGUGUGACUUCUGGGAGGAGCAGUGCAACUAACAAAGUUUUCCUCUCUAGGCAACCAGGUGUCCCUGGAGGCAGCUUAUUUAUUGUCAGAUACAUAAAGAGACACCAGACAGCUUACAUACCUAUAGACUUCAUAUAGCAAGACACAUUAAUAUAGUUUUACUUUAGCUACUUUGCUUCUAUUCCUCAUAUCAUUAACUUAAUAAUAAUCAGUUAUUCUGAGAAAGACAACGGUGAUAGAUUUUCAAGAACACAUCCUGCUGCAAGUUUUAAGGCAAAUGGGUUCUGGGGCAUCUAAAAGCGAUCCAGCCGAGAGACACAAAGCAAGAGAUAAUGAGGAAAAGGCCAUUACACAAAAUGGAUCUGCUUCCACCCUACCAGCUAACAGUUCAAUUGGAAAGCAGAUGGGACAAUCAAACUUGGAAGAUGAGGAGAUUGCAGAAGACAUUGAGCAGAUGGUGCAACAUUUUAAUAAGUCUCCAGAGACAACAGAGGUUGUUACUGGAAUGCAGAGCACACUGGAUACAGAAGAUGUGUCGCUGACCUUUGAGAGCUUUCUUCACAGAAAUGGAACACUUUAUACAUGUUUCACUCAAAACGGCACAAGAAUGUAUUUUGAUGAUGAAAAGGGCAUUGUGCCAUUUCCUCAAGAACUUUAUAGCGAAGGGAACUUCAUUAACACCCAAAACCAGACACCUAAAAAAUCUGAUGGCAUCAAGCAAGAUAUUAAUGGCGUCCCUAGCUAUUUGGAAAAUGAGCGUACAAGUUCUUUCUACAUACCAGGAAAGGGAAUGGUUAUGACAUAUAUUUUUGAGGAAAGAACCAAUGUUUGCCGAUAUUUCGACAGUGAAUCAGGUGCUUGGCUUAUUUUGCCAUUAUUGUGGGAGAUGAACCUCGAUUUUACCACAAGUCGUGUACAGCAAGUGAAGGAAGCUUUACCUGCACUUACAGAUUACAGAGAGAUUAUGGCAGCCCUUCGGCUCUGUAAUUAUGAUCCUGAUGAAGUAAUUUCUGUGUUUUAUGCAAUAUUCGGCGAUAGCCUUGAGAAUUCUACAUCAGGAAAUCAAAACUUUGAACAAAUGUUUUUGCAUCGAGAUAUCCAAGAAAAUAAGAAAAUUAUUGACAAUUUAAAUGAAAAGCUACAGAAUCGGGAGAGAGAACUUGUAAAUCUUCGUCUAAAAUGCCAGUACCUAGAAGAAGAAAAAGUUAAUCUAAACCAUCGUACUGAAAACUUGAACAAAAAAAUAACAGAGCUGCAAGCAGAACAUGAAGUUCAUCUACAAGAAGCAGUCCGAACAGAAAAGUCAGAUACUCCGUUUCAGAGCAAAGAGAAAACAGUUUUAACUUUAAAAAAGGAAUCUUUAUUAAAUAUUUUGCAAGAAUCUCGUGAACUUAAUGUCUGUAACAAGCAGUUAAGAGCUGUUACUAAAAAUGCCUUGUCUGAGAUUGGACUACAUUUGAAGCACCUUCAGAACACAACAGAAAACAUGGAUAGGUCAAACAAAGAAAUGGAGGAAAUACGUGCUCUAUAUCAACGGGAAUCUCUUGAGCGAAAAAUGUUGUAUAAUCAACUUCAAGAACUCAGAGGAAAUAUUCGUGUUUUUUGCCGUUGUAGAAGAGACGACAAGAAGGGUGAUCAUCUAGAAUUCUUUACCAAUGAAGACAUUCUAGUUAAUAAUAAUGGAAACAAAAAGAAGUUUAGGUUUGAUCAGGUGUUCUUGCCACAGUGCUCUCAAGAAGAUGUCUUUGAAGGGACACUCCCUAUUAUUAAGUCAUGUGUAGAUGGCUACAAUGUUUGCAUUUUGGCAUACGGACAGACAGGUUCUGGCAAGACAUACACCAUGAUGGGUACUGAACAGAAACCUGGAGUAAAUAUCAGAUCUAUUAGGGAACUGCUACGAAUUUGUCAAGAACGGGAGAAAAUUAGAUAUACCACUAAGAUUUCAAUGCUGGAGAUUUACAAUGAAACUCUUCGGGAUCUUCUUGUACAAAAUGGCAACUCUCAACUGGAGAUCAGAUCUCAAGGAAAAGUGGUAACAGUUCCUGGCAUGACAGAAAUUGAGGUCCUAACCGAAGAAGACAUAAAAAAAACCAUGUCUCUUGGUGAGAAACAUAGAACAGUGGCGUCAACUAAAAUGAACACAGAAAGCUCCCGCUCCCAUCUUAUGGUGAUCUUGCAUGUACAUGGUGUGGACAGCAUCUCUGGAGUUGUGUCUACUGCUGCUCUGACACUUUGUGACUUGGCUGGAUCAGAGCGCAUAUCCAAGACUGAAGCUACAGGACAGAGGUUGAUGGAGGCAGCAGCAAUCAAUAAAUCUUUGACUGCACUGGGACAGGUGUUUACAGCAUUAAAGAACAACUCUUUGCACGUACCCUACCGAAAUUCUAAACUUACUCAUCUACUUCAGCCCUCACUCAGUGGUCACGCUAAGGCAUGUGUGUUCGUGAACAUUAGUCCUGACAUGAAAAAUAUUGGAGAAACAAUAAGCACUCUUCAGUUUGGCUCAUCAAUUCAGCAAAUAGCGCUUGGCAAGCCUAUGCAACAAACAACCAAUGUCAAUCAUGGACCAUGACUGCACGAUGGAUAAAGUUAACAUAUUCGUGACAUUACUAUCUCAAGUGUAGUAACAUGAAAUUAUUGUUUGUAUUUAUUAUUGUAUGUUUGACAGCGACACAAGCUGUAAAACUUAUUAAUGCACUCAUCAUAAUGCAAUUUGCCAUCCAUCUGUGUCUUGACAUUUAGGGGGUUAUUUAUUAAAGUCCGAAUGCCAGAA